UCAUUAUUGAAGUAUUAUGCAACAACAUUUAAUAUUUUCAUUCUAUACUAUUUUCUUCUUAUAUAAAUUGAUAUUGGCAAUUGAAUUAACAAAAGAUUUAGAUUAUUUAUUGAAAGCACAUAAUCGGAUUCGUCAAAAUGCUCGUGAUUGUAAUAUUACAGGUCAACCACAAGCUAAGAGAUUACCUAAUCUUAUAUGGGAUAAUGAAUUGGCUUUAAAAGCGGCUGCAUUAUCAAAAACGUGUAAUUUUCGUUUCUCCAAUGUAACAACUAAGAAAUUUAAAGAUGUUGGACAAAAUAUAGCAGCUUAUGCUAGUGUUGAAAUUGCUAUGAAUGAAUGGGUUAAUGAACAUAACCAUUAUAAUUUUGAUAAUAAUACAUGUACAACUUCAUGUGGAAAUUAUGUACAGAUUGUAUGGCAUGGAACAACACACAUUGGAUGUGGUGUUACUUAUUGUCCAAAAACUCGACGGUUCCCAUAUGGUGUAUUUGUAGUAUGUAACUACGCUCCUGGGGCAAAGUUUAAUAGAAGUCCAUAUGAUGUAGUCAGCUAUGCAAAAUGUCCAACUGGUCAAUGGAAAUGGAAACAGUUUAAUCUGAAUGGAGAAAAUUGUUAUUGUUAUCUAUGAAAAAAAGUUUUAUGAUUUUGUUACCUAACAGUUCAUUUUCAUAAUUAACAGUUAUCAAAAUAAAAUGGUUUAAAAUAUGUAAUAAAGAAA